UAAAUUAAAGCUUGGGCUUGGCAAUGGUUUUUGCACCGAAAUCAGUCCAAGUUCAUCCCCCCAAUAUAGCCAUAAACUAUUCUUCUCUUUUGGGGCACUCUUUUAUAUAUUGGUUGAACCGAUCCCCAAUAAAGAAUUGCCAUAAUUAUUAGAGAUUAAUUAACAAUAAUGGAGUGGAGAAAGUGUUAUUUGGAUGUGAUUUUGGUCCCUGUUGGGUGUUUGAUAUGCAUUGGGUACCAUGUUUGGUUGUGGCAUAAGGUCCGGACGCAGCCGCUCACCACCACCAUCGGAACCAACGCCGCCGGCCGCCGCCUCUGGGUCUCCGCCAUCAUGAAGGAUAAUGAGAAGAAAAACAUAUUGGCGGUCCAAACCCUCCGAAACACAAUCAUGGGGUCAACCCUAAUGGCCACCACCUCCAUCCUCCUCUCCUCCGGCCUCGCCGCCGUGAUAAGCAGCACCUACAGCAUCAAGAAGCCGCUAAACGACGCCGUGUACGGCGCCCACGGCGAGUUCAUGGUGGCGCUCAAGUACGUGGCCCUCCUCCUCGUCUUCCUCUUCUCCUUCCUCAGCCACUCCCUCUCCAUCCGGUUCAUAAACCAGGUCAACUUCCUCAUCAACUGCCCGCCGGACAGCCUGGGAGUGGUGUGCCCGGAGUACGUGUCGGAGCUACUGGAGAAAGGCCUGACGUUGAACACCGCCGGGAACCGCCUGUUCUACGGCGCGCUUCCGUUAAUGCUGUGGAUUUUUGGGCCUGUGCUGGUGUUCUUGUGUUAUGUCACCCUGGUGCCUGUGCUUUACAAUCUGGAUUUCGUUUUCGCUGCCGCUAAAGGGAAGGGGAAGAUGAAGCCUGCGGAUAAUUAUCAUGAAAAUGAUAGUGAUUGUGAUAAUAAUGGGCCUGUAAAUGUGUAAUAAUUAAUGAUGAUCAUAUCAUAUAAUAAUAAUAAUAAUAAUGAGAUAAACCUUGUAUGUAGUAGUACUUGUAAACUUUGUCUUUAUUAUAUUUUUUAGAUUAUGGUGAGAUAUAACUUUUAGUGUAA